AUAUAUAUAGGGUUGUGACGCAUCGGUUAUGAUGGCAUCGCCGACCGGAAAUGCGGAGAAGGACCAUCCGGAUAACCUAUCUCUCGCGGGAGACGGUUUCGACACUGUUAUUCGGGCAAAGGCUGCCGUCGACAGAAAUACUAAUUGCACAAACAAAGUUUCGUGUGCCGAUAUAUUAGCGUUGGCCACAAGAGACGUUGUCGCCUUGGUCGGAGGGCCGUCGUAUUCGGUGGAAUUGGGAAGAAGAGACGGGAGAAUAUCGACUCGUGCCAGCGUACAAGGCCGUCUUCCGGGACCAGGGUUUAGUUUGAACCAACUCAACACCUUGUUUGCCAGUCAUGGCCUAGACCAAACUGAUGUCGUUGCAUUAUCAGGCGCGCACACAAUUGGAUUCUCACACUGCAACCGUUUCUCGAGGAGAAUCUACAACUUCAGCCCGGCAAACAGAAUCGACCCGUCGCUCAACCUCCAGUACGCAUUGCAGCUUCGACAAAUGUGCCCCGUGAAUGUGGACCCCACAAUCGCCGUCAACAUGGACCCCACUUCCCCAAACAGAUUCGACAACGCUUACUUCCGGAACCUUCAAGGAGGAAGAGGCCUCUUUACUUCCGAUCAAGUCCUCUUUACCGAUACUCGUUCGAGAGCCACCGUUAAUCAAUUUGCUUUGAACAAUGCUGCUUUUGGCAGAGCAUUUGUGCUGGCUAUGACUAAGCUUGGUAGAGUUGGGGUGCUCACUGGUAACCAGGGUGAGAUCAGAAUUGACUGCACUACGCCAAAUUAAACCAUGGUUAAGGAUUGAU